GAUGGCGGCGCUCAGGCACGCGGCGAGGAGGCUCUGCGAGCGCUCGCUGGCGAGUUCACCGGGCGCGGCAGAGGAGCAACGGAGAAUCUUUCUCCACGGCUCUUCCCCUGGCCGCCGGUUUAUGUCUGACUCCACCGUCGGCGGGAAGCCACAGACUACAACAUGUCCUCACAGUGAGCUUAGGAUGGAAUUCGAGGACAAGAAACAAGAGCUCUAUGACUUGUGCCUGGAGAUGAGAAGCACUGGAGCGUUCAAAUCUUAUUGGGAAAAUAUUCAGAAUUUACGGCUCAUCUCCCAUCUUGCUGCACAAGUGAAGCGUAGAUCUGAAGACCCCAACUGGCGGAGAUACCGACUAAAUAGAUAUGUCUACGAUUUCGUCACUGGAUACUUCUGUCUGGGAUUUUUGGGUUACCAGCUCUUUGGAUCCUCCGGCGAGAAAGAAGGCGAAGCAAAGAGUGAAGCCAGCAACUUGUCGGACUGAGAGCCAGCCAGCGAACGCGACUGAACUUGCUUGCCAAUAAGUCUAGAGACUCUUAUGUAGUUUUUUUUUUUUG